GCUGAAUUUAAUGAGAAAGAAAUGGCUUUGGAAGGAAACUUUAAGGAUAAUUCCGUGGCCGGUAAAAUCAAUACCAUUGUCGAUGGAUUCUUCAAGACAUCUGACUUCGACUGGAAAUCCAACCUCGGUAUCUAUGCAGACAAGGACAAAGCCAAUGUUAACUUCAAGAUUAAUUCCGACAGGAACGAAUACAUGGCCAAGUUUGAGGGCACCCGCACUUCCCUCCUAAUUGAAUCGAACUUCGUCAAACACAUUCUUGUCAAUGCCCACGUAACCAGUACACAGGACAUGAAGAAACUACAUGUUGCUGCCGAAUGGGACAAAGAUGUAGAUCCUACAAAAGCUUUCGUCAUUGACGGACAGUUUGCUAAUGGCGAAGUCGGAGCGGCAUUUAGCCGUGAGAAAUAUUAUGGUUUAUAA